GAAAUGAGAAGCACCCGUAAUGUGUUGUUAUAUUUGUGUUGUAACGGAACUAACGCGCGCGCGGCCCGUGUUUCCGGGGGACUGUUUUCCUGGAGCGCGCGACUGAACCAGUCCAACAUGUCGAGCUCCUACAGAAACAGGAUCCAGGAGUUCAAGGUUUCACUGAGCGAGCAGAAGCUGGACAUAAAGGCGUUACGCCAGCUGUGCUUCAGCGGGAUCCCGUGUGAAGGAGGCAUUCGCUCUCUCUGCUGGAAGAUUCUGCUGAACUAUCUGCCGUCAGAUCAGGCUGUAUGGGACUCUUUCCUGCAGAAGCAGAGGGAUCUGUACGCCCAGUUUCUGAGAGAGAUGAUCAUCCAGCCAGGAAUCGCUAAGGCAAACCUGGGCGUGUCUCGAGAGGACGUGACGCUGGAGGAUCACCCACUGAACCCGAAUCCCGACAGCCGUUGGAACACCUACUUCAAAGACAACGAGGUUCUGCUGCAGAUCGAUAAAGAUGUCAGGCGCUUGUACCCAGACAUGGCGUUCUUCCAGCGUCCCACAGAGUUUCCCUGUCAGCUGAUACUGGAUCCUCAGAAUGAGUAUGAGACGUUGCGGCGGCGUGUGGAGCAAACCACGCUCAAGUCCCAGACAGUAGGCCGGAACCGCAGCGGCGUCACUAAUGUCAGUUCUCCAGGGAAGGCCUUAAACCUGUAUCCCUCCAACGAGUACGAGGUGCUUCCCAAUGGAUGCGAGGCGCACUGGGAAGUAGUGGAGCGGAUCCUCUUCAUCUACGCCAAACUGAACCCGGGAAUAGCGUACGUGCAGGGCAUGAACGAGAUUGUGGGACCAAUCUACUACACCUUCGCCACCGACCCCAACAGCCAGUGGAAGGAACACGCAGAGGCCGACACAUUCUUCUGCUUCACGAACCUGAUGUCUGAGAACAGAGAUAACUUCAUCAAGAGCCUGGAUGACUCGCAGUGCGGCAUCACCUUCAAGAUGGAGAGCGUGUUCUCCAAACUCAAGGAGAAAGACACCGAGCUCUACAUGAGACUGCAAGAGCAGAAUAUCAAGCCUCAGUAUUUCACCUUCCGCUGGCUGACGCUGCUGCUCUCUCAGGAGUUCCUGCUUCCAGAUGUUAUCCGGAUCUGGGAUUCGCUCUUUUCGGAUCAGGAUCGGUUUGAGUUCAUCAUCCCUGUAUGCUGCGCCAUGCUCACACUGAUUCGAGAUCAGUUACUGGCUGGAGACUUUACAACCAACAUGAGAUUACUGCAGGAUUAUCCCAUUUCUGAUGUUCACGCCAUCCUCAUUAAAGCUAAAGAACUGCAGGAAGGCUUGUAGCCAUGCCCACAGACUCCACCCACUCAGGCCACACCCCCAGGCUCCGCCCCCAGUCUGAUGACUGACAGCAGUGCCGCCCAUCCGACCCGGGUGGGAUCCAUCGUUUGCCUUUGUGUGAUUGAGCGUUUGGUCUUACCGUCUCUCAGGUAGACGAGUGUGAGAGGGUGUGUUUGUGUGUGUGUAAGUGACUGUGUUUACUGUUGAACGCUUAUAAAGACCCACACACUGACACACACACUGCAGACGGGACUCCAGAAACACUCCAGAACAUUGAUCGUAAUUACUACAGUAUAAAUACUGAAGAGAACAAAAGAUCUUCACAGUUUGAUGGACUUUAUACGGCUGUGUUUAUAUCAGUGAUUGUUUACGGCCUCUUGUUUGUUUGUUUGUUUUGUUUUGUUUAAUACUUGAUCACGUAUCUUUCACAAAUGAACAAAAUCCUGACUGCAGAUUCUCUGGUUCAUCCGUGAGCGAAUGAAAGCCUCCUGCAGGAUUUCCCUGAUCCCGAGGAGUGUGUCUGUGUGUGUUCAUCCGGCUUCCUUCACACACUCAAGCAUGAGCUCGUCUUUCAGAUGUGAUUGCGUUAGUAUCCCAUCAUGCCUCUCCUCAGAUGCGAUGGCGUCAGUAUCCCAUCAUGCCUCUCUUCAGAUGCGUAACCAGUCAAUCUUCCACUAAUAUCUGCAUUAGUUUCGUCACACUAAUACUGACUGAGCGCUGAGCGUGUUUGUUUGAGGGAACUUCCGAUCAAAGUUUAUUAUGUUUUUUUUUAAAACGUGUUGCAAUUCACCUUUUUUAAAUGUCACGUUGUUUUUGUAUUUUAAUCUGUCUGGGAAAUCGAUGCUCUUCUUCUUCGGGGAAUGUCUGGCCACACGUGUCUCUCUGUAACCGCUCCUCCAUUGUGUACAUUUGAAGAGGAUUGUUUUCUUUUGCAUGUGAAGAUGUUUUUGUAUGAAGGCACCUGUAGUUCUUGCCAUUGUAUAUCAAUGUUUUUACAGUGCUUGCUUGCAGAAUAAAAAAAUUAAAUCUCAAA